CGCCGCCGGUGCAGAAGAGAGAACCGCCGCGCCUCGCGUCCAGAUGCAAGAGAUCUCCACCGCCUGCCGUCAACGUCGCGAGACUGCAGUGCCGUUUGACGACCGAGAACUUCAGUUCGCCGUUUCCGUCGCACCGUCGUCCUGCCGUGCCUGCGUCGUGGUCUUCACGUGGACUGGGAACUGUUGCCGACGUUUCCCAGGACCGACGACAAGGACGAGAACGCGACUGCUGCGAAGACCGACGCUUCCGGUAAACGAUAAGCAAACAAAGGUAACGGCGCCGACGCCGGCGACAACGUGCGAAGCAGGAAAACGGAACGCCCUCACGUUUUUCCUUUUCAACCUCCUGACUAGGCUACGACGGCUGCUCGCCGCCCAAAGAGCGGGAGCGUGUCCCACCCGAAGUAGGGCCACGACCGUCAGGACUCUUGCUCGGCUCGGCAAGGACUCCUUCUGGUGCCACGCCAAGCGGUCCUCGCAGUCAUGGCGGUGACCCUCGACGCGAUUAGCGACUUGUGAUUAGCGGCCAGCCGCCGAGGACGUAAUCAAACACGACACCCCUCAACGCCUGCCGACGCUUGGGCAACUCUUCCCAAAGCCGUCGUAUAUGUGCGACAACAUGGAGCUUUUCGGACGCAGCUACGGCGGAACUUGGCUUCUGGCGGCUUCGUUACUGGCCGCGAUUGGAGUGUGGGGUCAGACGUGGGAGGCAGUGACCAGGAACAGGACAACGGAAGAUCUGCCCAUUGUGUUUCCCGACGACAACACGGCGGCCGAGUCAGCAAAGCCGCCACGAAGAACAGGAGUAAACGCUUCAGGCUUCCGAUCUCCACCGGCUCGAAAUGAGAUCCCGGAAUCGCUGCUGUUCAGCAUGCGCAACGUGCGGAACCUGACCGACUUCGUGAGCCAGUUCCUCGAGGGCUACCAGGACGUCUCUAUGGACGGAUUCGGGGAGUCGCCGUCCAUACUCGGUAAAAAAGGGCCGGCUGGAGCAGCGGCGGUGCCGAACCCCGAGCCCGGAACGUGCAUUCCAAGUAAGCAGCUGGUCGAGUUCCCCAAGCCGACGGACCCGACGGUGAUCCUGUGGCCCCCGUGCACGAGGGUGCCCAGGUGCGGGGGCUGCUGUCCCAGUAGCAUCCUCAAGUGCGCGCCCACCAAGGCUACCAACGUCACCUUCAAGGUGAUCCGGGCGCAGUACCCCGAGCAGGGCGCGAGCAAGUUCAACUUCAUGGGCCACGAGAUCGUGACGCUGGAGCGGCACGACAAGUGCGGCUGCGAGUGCAAGGAGAAGCCGUCCGACUGCAACGCCAUGCAGGACUACCAGGAGUGCCGCUGCAUCUGCCGCAACGCCAACCAGAUGGCGCAGUGCACGGACCCGGGCGUCUUCUGGGACCACCGGGAGUGCCGCUGCAAGUGCAAGGACUACGCCGAAUGCUCCACGGGCUUCUACUACAACGUCCGCAGCUGCAAGUGCGAGCAACUGUCCAGGUCUCGGAUUGGUUCCCGGUCUCUGCCUCUGCCCAAGCUGUACGCUCCUUACACGGACAACCGGGAGAAUCAACAGUCCAGGAACUAUCGCAACCUGGACAUCCUGGCGCCAGCGGAUGACUACUCUAGGUCGUACGACAACGCGCACUUCACGACCGUAAAGAGGGACACGGCAGCCAGCGCUCUUAGGGCCAGGACCGAGACGUCAUUACCGCCUGCAGCGACGUCGAGGACGUCUUUGCCCACGUCCCAUACCUCCUCAAGAAACGAAUCAUACUCUUCGUCUCUCCUGGCCACGCCACAAUCCGCUCAAGCAUCCAGGUCGCGAUCCUAAGUAGAAGGAGACGUCUAUGGCUAACGUCCCCAAAGACUAGAAGACAUGAGGCUCUUCUGUUCAGACUAGGAUACCUGCGGCUGGAGCAAUAGAAGACAUUGCUCCUUGUUCUUAGGGUACAGUAAUUUGUGGCUCUGAUUAUUUGAAGACUUCUUUCUUGAGGGUCUACGGACUACAAAACAUGUGCCUAUACUGGAAGAGUGACUGAUCUUCUCUAAAAAGGCUAGAGAACAGUGCGGCUCGGACCCUUGAAAACCAGGGGUUCCCGUUUGCAGACAUUGGUUCACGUCUUUGAAAGACGCAGUGUUUUUCCUUUUGAAAGGCCUGUGGCUCACCGUUUACUGGAAUACCUGUGGCUCUUGUCUUCAACGGGUACAACAGCUUUGGACCUCGUGGAACCACACCACCUCGGACUCUAGACUUCAAAGACCCUCUCAGCGUGUGUUCUUUUGGUGGACUGUCUAGAAAGUGUUACAGAUUAUUCUAAAGGCACUGUUUGAAGCAUCGACACCGAGUUGUUCCCGUGUUCGCGGUAUAUUUUCAAGCCUGGCUCUGAAAAAAUGUUCCAGUCAUCUAUGAUCAGUUGACCCUUGCGCAAAAGAUACGUCAAUGGCACCAGAGCGCUUGGCCGCUUGCUCGAAGUGAUCAUCAAUGAACACCCAGAAGUAAUCUGUGUUGGAAUGCGGUCUACGACCUUCCUAGCAACUUGGCAUUUCACCAGCAGAGAUGCGGGGGGAAAUCUUAUUCCGGCAUGCGUUUAUAGAUUGGUCCAUUCUACUUGUACAGUUAUAGACCUGUUUGAAUUCACUAGACACCGUGUUUCCCGGAAUAAACAUGAAAGCAAAUGAA